GCGCUUCACUACGGACCCAAAGCAAACCAGAAUUUAUAAACGACACCAGCCGUCCGCAGCCGGCCCUCACGAUCCGUCAGUCCGUUCGCACGGAGCGCGCUCCCUGAUUGAUCUGUCCCGGUAUGAAGCCGUUCGCCCCCCCGCGGGCCCGAGACGCGGUCCUCACCCUGACGCAACCUGCGGUCUUCACCGACAUGACGAGCGACUGGCCAGCCUUGCGAUGGAACGCGGCCCACCUGUCCGGCGUCCUGGGGGGAGAACUCCUGAGGUUCAGGAUCGGGAGGAGGACGUCGGGGACGGAUCCUCUCUUCGAAACCGAAUGCGAUUACGCCGACGGGACUCUCCACCAGUUCCUCGACUGGGUCCGAGGGACGUCGGGCAGCCUCACGGGACCCUUCGGUAAUCGGGACCCCUCUGAGUACUGGGCCUACGCGGACUACAAGUACCUCGCUCACGUGUUUAAGGACAAGCCGGAAAUCCUCAAGGACAUAGUGUGGGCAGAUUUCGGGUUUCCUGGAAGAGACGGGCAGGAGAGCACCCUGUGGGUUGGGAGUUCCGGGGCCAAUACCCCCUGUCACAUUGACUCAUACGGCUGCAACCUUGUGCUACAAGUGGAGGGCAGGAAAACGUGGCACCUCUUUCCCCCCGAAGACGCGGCCCACCUGUACCCGACCCGGAUACCCUACGAGGAGUCCAGCGUCUUCAGCAAAGUUAACGUCGUGAAUCCCGACUGGAGCCGCUUCCCUCUGUUUUCCAAAGCGCGGCCCCACGUGGUGACCCUACACCCUGGGCAGGUGCUUUUUGUCCCACGUCACUGGUGGCAUUACGUGGAAUCCGUCGAUGACAUCACCGUCAGCAUCAACUCCUGGAUCGAGUUGGAUUCGGACCACGAAGCCCGGGUGGAAGAGGCCGUGGCGCGAAUGAUCGUCUGUGCGUUCAAGUCGGUGGAGACUGGCGCCCAGGACUGGCUGAACCCCACCGAGGGUGAGGCGACCUCACACGAAACUAAUCUGCAGUACGUAAACCAGGCCCUCGCUGCUUAUGCAAAACACGAGACUGAACAAGAUAAACUCGGGGGAGACGGCAGCCAACACAACCAGCCCCCGAAGAAGAAGAAGAAGGUAGAUGCGGCCGCCGACGCAGGCAAUUCCGCGCGCCGACCUCCUUUUGGAAAGCAUCUCGUCCCUGUUGAGCCAAAACCCGGAGGAACAAAUUGCCGGACGGGUGAAGGAGGCCGGGGUCCCGAGGAAAUCCCGCGGCGAGCGGCCGAUGUUGCGCAUGUGCAAGAAACACAAGAAGGAGAGAGGGAAGCCGGCAGGACCCUGACUGGGGACGAGGUUCUGGACUGUUUGGUGAAUCCACAAGUGAUCCGCUUGGUUACGCGGCUGCUGAUACAGAAGCGGAUCCCAUGACGUGAAAGGCGGUGACCGCCGGCCUCCGACAUGCGCGGGGGAUGCUCAGGUAGGGUGAUGUCACACGUAACGCUGCGGCACACGGUCAUGAAGUCAUCGCUCGAUGUUUCCCGGCAGACUCACAGAUUGUGGAAAAGAACCCAUUUUUAUGUGAAUGGAACGUCCUGUUAAUAAAGUCUCAUUUUGUCUA